AUGAUUAUGAUGCCCACUCCCAGUGCACAUGAACUCAACAUAGUAGUUGCUCCACCGACACCACCGACACCGAUCACUCGUGGUCUAUGGUCGGAACAGGAACACGAACAGUUUCUACAUGCUAUGAAAAUGUUUCCAACGGGUCCAUGGCGCUCUAUUGCUGCUUUUAUUGGUACCCGAUCAAUUAAGCAAGUGCAAACGCAUGCACAAAAGUAUCAGCAAAAGAUUAACCGCCGACGUCGUGGUUUACGAAAACAAAAGAAGAAAUUUGUACGCCCCGAUCACCGAGUGGACGCCCACGCGACGGGUUGCAUUCAGCGUGUCAAGAAUUUUGCCGUGCAGGGAUCACCACGCUCUCCAUCCUCUUUUCCGGUUGACACUAUGUCUCCGCUUAGUUGUGGCUUUGGCCAGCUUGUAACUGACGGUGGCAGCCCCGUUGGAAGCGAUACCGGUAGCUGUUGUAGCAGUACGAGUUUGGAUAUGGAAAUCGACAUGGACAUGGACAUGGAAACUCUACUUUGUGACGUGGAACCACUGCCAUUCACAUCUGAAGUGUCGUACGAGGAGGUUUUGGCCGAUGAAAACUAUCGACAAGACGUGCAGGAGUCUAUUGACCUGCUCCUUGCCUAA